AUGUCUGGCCAGCAGCAGCACUUCUACCCGCCUCCUCCCGGCGCAGGCGCAGGACAAGCGCCGCCGCCGCCCCAGCAGCAGCAAUACGCUCCGCCUCCGCAGCAGUAUCAGUCGCCGCCCCAGCACCAGCAUCAAUAUGCGCCGCCUCCGACUUCACCUCCCGCGAACCAGACACAGUUCUACCCGCCUCCUCAGGGAACGCCGGGACAGGCGCCCAGCUAUGCUCCUCCGCCCCAGCAUACGCCGUCUCCCCAGAUCCAGCAGCCCUCGCCGGGCCAUUACCCCCCUCCUCCCGGGAGCCAGCCUCCGCAGCACCAGCACCAGCAUUCGCAAUCGCAGCAGCUGAACUUGGCCGUGCGUCCAGCGGCGACUCCCGACUCUGGCCACUACCAGCAGCAGGUGCAAUCGCCGCCACCGCCGCAGCAAAUACAACAGCAGCAGCAGCAUCAGUAUCAGCCUCAACCGCAGCAGCAACAAGCACCGCCUCAGUUUUCUCCUCCUCCCUUCCCUCAGCAGCAGCAGAAUGCUCCAUAUCCCCAGGAGAAGCCGCCUGUCCAGACGACACCACCCCAAGCCGGUGGAGCUCCGCCGCCGACCAACUUUGUUGGGGCUGUCGCGACAACCGAUGAUGUUGGCACCUUUAAUGGGGGAAGCUAUCGCAUCAGCCAUCGCGAUACUAAUACGAUUUUGACUAUUCAGUUGGCCAUGGGCGCCCCGUUGCAUGCGAAGCCAGGUGCCAUGGUCGCCAUGUCUCCCACAAUCACCCUCAAGGGUAAUGUCAAGUUUAGCGUCAAGAAGAUCAUUGCGGGCGGAGAGAUCGCCAGCUCUACUUACACAGGGCCGGGAGAACUCAUUCUCGCGCCCGCCUCUUUGGGAGACAUUACGAGCAUAAGAUUGAGCGGCAAGGAGCAGUGGUCGGUGGGACACGACGCCUAUUUGGCCUCUACCCAGGCUGUCGUCAAAGACUACAAGCGGCAAGGUCUGGGAAAGGCCAUCUUCAGCGGCGAGGGUCUGUUUGUCUACAAGAUGUCUGGAACCGGUCUGCUCUGGGUUUCGAGUUUUGGCGCCAUUAUCAGGAAAGAUCUUCAACAAGGCGAAAAGUACAUUGUAGACAACGGUCACCUUGUGGCGUGGAAUACGAGCUACGUCCUGGAGCGGGUAGCCUCUGGCGGCAUUAUUUCUGGCCUUUCUUCCGGAGAAGGCCUUGUCUGCAAGUUUACUGGUCCUGGCACCGUGUUCCUGCAGACCAGAAACCCGAAGGAGUUUGCCGCCUUUAUUGGCGGCAUCGCCCCUCAGAACGCCUAA